AUGACACAGACAGAGAUUGAUCAUUUUCUCAAACUGUCUUGGUUCAAUGUGAAAGAUAAGCCCGCAUUCUCAUGUGCUCGAGAACUAUUGUCCUGGAUGGACCUGUUACCUCCUGGGCCAAAAUGGCAGACCACACAGUUUGAAGUCCAGGGGUACACCACUGACACUCCCAUUCAUCUAAUAUGGUGUGAUGGCCUUGAAGUCGCGAAGAGCCUCUUUGGAAACCCUAUUUUUGCUCAAAAUAUGUCUUUUGACCCUCUGCAUGAUCAGCUGCCUGAAGGGGCGACUAUUGUGCCCAUAAUAGCUGCAUCAGACAAAACACCAGUCACAAGACAGACAGGCGGUCUGGAAAUGCACCCUCUUUUCCUCACUAUUGGCAACAUCAACUCUGAUGUUCAUAUGAAGGCUACAUCCCACACUUGGCGAUGUGUGGCGUAUAUGCCGAUCCCAAAGUUUGAAACACAUCCCAAUUAUCAUACGAUUCUGAAGUCGCAUGUCUGGCACAAGUGUGUCGACUUAGUCUUUGCUGGCUUAAAAGUUGCAGCAAAAGUCAGCAAGUUUAUGCCUGACCCCUUGUCAAUUGACCCAUGGAAUCUUGACCAGUUCCAGAAGAAGUCAAAGGAGCUUCUCCUUCUAGGUGUUCAUCUUCCAUUCUGGCAUGACUGGCCACUUACCCAGGUUUUUAUUUUCCUUGUCCCUGAAAUCCUUCACACCCUGCACAAAUUCUUCUUCAACCAUCUGUUGCAAUGGUGUAAAGAAGUGGUUGGAAAUGACGAGCUCGAUGCAUGCUACAAGAGCCACCACAAAUGUAUUGGCAUGCAUCACUUCUCUUCUGGGAUCUCACAUCAUCAUGAUAUCCAGUGCACCAUUGUUGCCAUGAUUUCGGGUGCUGCUCCUCCUGAAUUUGUGCGACCUAUUCGUGCUCUCAUCAACUUCAUGUAUCAAGCACAGAACCCCAUCCAUACAGAAUCAAGCAUCGAAGCAAUGCAAGUGUCACUUAACAAAUUCCACAAUUGCAAGGUGGCAAUCCUGGAAGCUGAAGCACGUCAGGGGAAAAGCAACAUCAAGGAGGAUUUCUACAUACCAAAACUCAAACUCCUUCUGAGCUUCGCAGAGGCCAUUAGGAACAACAGUGGACUUGUUCAGCUCACUGUGGAUGUUAGUGAACAGCUUCUAAUCACACAUUGCAAAAGCCCGUUCACGAGAAUGAGCAAACAGAAAGAUUUCGGGGAGCAGAUCGUCCACAUCCUUGAUCGUGAAGAGUGGAUGCGGCAGUUCAAUCUAUAUCUCCUCCUUUGCCAACACAACCAAGCUCUCAUUAAUGCCGUUGUCGAUGAAGAUGAAGAAGUAUGCACCACGGACCCAACAAUGGCAUGGGUUUCUCAUGUCACCCCCGACGCACAUCAUCAUUUCAGUGCCCCCAGGCCCAUACACAAUCAUUUUACCAAGGGCAUCCUCUCCAAUAGUGCCAAUGCAGCACUUACCGUCACUCGCUCUCCUGAUGGCUCAAAUCUCAGCUGGCCUGAUGUGAUGCACACCUAUGGACUCCCUGACCUUCGUCACAAGUGCUUCUGGAUGUUUAGCGCCAUCAAGGUUUGGUCCAAGUUUCAUAUCCACCUACAUUUGACAUUUCACCCAUCAAUCAUCAUGCCCAGCCAAGCUGUCCAAGCCAAACUGCCAAGUGAUGCAUUUCCACCCAGAAAUUGUGAUGUGAUUUUCUUAGACAUGAAUCAAGGUGCAAAUAACCCUGGUUUUUCAGUUGCUCAAGUUCGCAUUGUAUUCCAGCUGGCUCCACCCCAGUGCUCAACUGCAAAACUUCCUGACUUCUUGUCGCACCCCCUCCUCUAUAAGCUCAAGAGGGUCUAUGCACCUGAAAUGCAGCCCAAAACCUGCACCAGGUUUGUCAUUUCCAUAACAGAGGUAACACACCCUGUGGAGUUGGUCCUGGUGUAUGGAGAAAAGGUUAACCGUUCCUUGACUUUAACAAUGUCUCAAGAGCACUAUGACCACUUUUAUCUCAACUGUUAUGUGGAUAAGGAGAUUUAUAAUGUGUUGCAUGAAUCAUUGGACACUGAGUAUACUCUUUAG